AUGGGUAGACUGACUCUGAACAACCUCUCGACCGUGCCCUGGGACAUGGGCAAUGGCCCUGAACCGAACAGCAAGGCGAAGACCCACGAGCAGUCCUACGAUGAUAAGAAGGCGCAUACUUUCGACCAAGACCUCGCUCCAACACCGCCAAGAUCUGGCGACGAAGCGGACAUAGCAGACGCCCAUGGCAUAAACGAGUCGAAGCUGCUGCGCAAACUUGAUCGCCAUCUGCUUCCAGGAGUAUGCGUACUCUACCUGCUGUCUUUCUUGGACCGAUCCAAUGUCGCGAACGCACGGCUGGAAGGCCUGACCACUGAUCUGGGCAUGACCGGCAACCAGUACCUGACGGGUCUGACCGUCUUCUUCAUUGGUUACAUCAUGUUUGAGGUCCUCUGGAACAUCAUCUUGAAGCGGAUUGGGCCCAAGAUCUGGUUUCCUGUCAUCACUGUGGCUUUUGGCAUAGUCUCGACACUUCAGGGUGUCGUCCAAAAUAACGGGGGAAGCACUGGUAUUGCAGGCUUCUUCGUGGUCAGAUUCAUGCUUGGAGUAACAGAAGGCGGCCUGUUUCCUGGCGUGGUGUUCUACCUGUCGAUGUGGUACAAGCGCAGUGAGAGGCAGUUCCGUGUCGCUCUCUUUUUCGCUAUGGCGUCUUUGGCCGGCGCAUUUGGCGGUAUUCUGGCCUACGGUAUCAGCUUCAUGCGCGGUGUCGGUGGAUAUAGCGGCUGGCGCUGGAUCUUCAUCCUCGAAGGACUUCUAACACUAGUCAUCGGCGUCGCAGCAUACUGGUUCACCGCCGACUGGCCUCAAAAGGCCAAGUUCGUCAGCGAGAACGAGCGAGCCUUUGUCAGUGCACGCCUCGCCGCCGACAGUGAUGCCACCAACGACGAGGCUUUCAGCUGGGCCAACGUCGUGGUCGCGUUGAAGGAUCCGAAGGUGUGGCUGUACUGCGCUGUCUUUCACACGCUCAGUCUCCCGCUGUACACAUUAUCCCUGUUCUUGCCUAGCAUCAUCAAAGCGCUCGGCUACGCCACUUGGGAAGCCCAGCUCCUCACAGUUCCGCCAUACGCGCUCGCCUGCAUACUGACUAUUGCAUACGCCAUCGUGUCGGAGCGCGUGGGAACUCGCUCGCCCUUCAUCAUCGCCUCCACGACCACAGCCAUUAUUGGGUACUGCAUGCUCCUUGGAAACACGAAUCCAACAGGACGACCUGGUCUCUCCUACGCAGGAGUAUUCCUCGCCGCAGCAGGAAUCUACCCAUCAGUCGCAAUCGGUCUCAGCUGGCCUGCCAUUAAUGUUAGCGGUCAGACGAAACGAGCUGUUGCCAAUGGAUUACAGAUCACGAUUGGGAAUUUGGGUGCUGUCAUCGGCACGCAGUUGUAUCGCUCGGAUGAUGGUCCGAGAUAUAUCGUUGGGCACAGUGUUGCGCUGGCCUACCUAGUCUUAAAUAUCGUGGUUGUCGGCACUCUCUGGUGGCUGCUUGGAAGUAUCAAUCGCAAGCGAGAUGUAGCCAAGAGUGAGACGGACUCACAGGAUUCCGGAGAGUGGCGUGGUGAUGAUGAUCCACGAUGGAGAUUUCGACUGUAG